AGGGGGAGCUGACGGAAAGAAAGGCGAAAAGAAAAAGGAGAAGAAGUGAAGACAAAAGAUCCCCUGGAAAGGGAAAUAAAAAGAACACAGCCAACCAUAGCGGAGAGUAACUUUUUCCUCCUUAUCCCUCAUCUGGGACUACCAAUGAGCCAGCCAGCCGAGGAGUAGACGGGAACUUCUUUCGCCGCCCCCUUCCAACAAGUUUGUGUCUCACUCUAAAGUGUCCCCCCGGCUGCGUAGUUGUGGGAGCGGAACGCUGAGCACUGCCGGAGCCCUCAUCACACUACUUGUACUGGACAUAGAGGAGUUAGGAACCUCCCUUGUAGAGUGCGUGGAACAGUCCCGGGGGAGGCUUCCAGCACUGCACAGGACUUUCUCAUUACCUCGCUGUAGGGGGGAGGUGGAGGAGAGUUGUCGGUGUCCUGCUCAGGGGAGGUGGGGCACUUUGGAAGCCAGCAUUACUAUUUCGCGGAGUGUCCAGCUAAGGGGUGCGGGACUUGAAGAGACCAUCCUCCUGGCAGCCUGUUGGUGUGUGUGCGGCGGGGGGUGGCACCAUGCCUGUCAGGAAGCAAGAUACUCAACGUGCGUUGGACCUCUUGGAAGAAUAUCGCACCAAACUUAAUCAAACCGAGGACAAACAACUCAGGAAAUCUAUUGAGCGGGUCAUUGGCAUCUUUCAGAGUAACCUCUUUCAAGCUUUAAUCGAUAUACAAGAAUUUUAUGAAGUGACCUUACUGGACAAUCCUAAAUGUACUGACAACUCUAAGCAUCCGGAGCCAGUUUUGCCUGUGAAUACAUGGGAGUUCUCCAGCCUUCCCAGCACAACAGUAACAUCAGAAACACUUCCAAGCAGCCUUAGUGGAGAGAAAUAUCGAUAUCAAGAUGAUGAUCUACCUUCACAAGAACCCAGUUCCCCACACAUCUUGAGUGAUGUAAGAAGUCCAGAGUUGGUGCAGGUUUCUGAGAAGAAUAUCUCCCAGAUAGAGAAUGUCCAUGGGCUUGUGUCACACUCUCAUAUUUCUCCACUAAAGUCCACAGAUGCUGGUGCUCCUUGUCCUCCCAUUGUCCCUGUGAUCCCUGUUGUUCCAGUCCCUGCUGAAAGCAAUGUCAUUCCAUCCUCCACUCCACAGGCAAAUCCUCCUCCAGUGAUUGUAAACACAGAUAGCCUGGACACGCCUCCGUAUGUAAAUGGAACAGAUGCAGAUUAUGAAUAUGAAGAAAUCACACUUGAAAGGGGUACAUCUGGCCUUGGCUUUAGCAUUGCAGGAGGUACAGAUAAUCCACAUAUUGGAGAUGAUACAAGCAUUUUCAUAACAAAAAUUAUUUCUGGGGGAGCUGCAGCUCAAGAUGGAAGGUUACGGGUUAAUGACUGUAUAUUACGGGUGAAUGAUGUGGAUGUACAUGAUGUGACACACAGCAAAGCCGUUGAGGCAUUAAAAGAGGCAGGAUCCAUUGUACGAUUAUAUGUCAGAAGAAGAAAGCCGAUCACCGAGAAAAUAAUGGAAAUAAAGCUUGUUAAAGGCCCUAAAGGUCUUGGCUUUAGCAUUGCUGGUGGUGUUGGAAACCAGCACAUCCCUGGUGACAACAGUAUUUAUGUUACUAAGAUCAUUGAAGGAGGUGCAGCACAUAAGGAUGGAAAGCUUCAAAUAGGAGAUAAACUUCUUGCAGUAAAUUCUGCGUGUUUGGAAGACGUUUCUCAUGAAGAAGCUGUGACUGCUUUAAAAAACACAUCAGAUUUUGUGUAUCUUAAAGUGGCAAAACCUACUACCAUGUUCAUGAAUGACAGUUAUGCUCCACCAGAUAUCACCAACUCAUAUUCUCCGCAAGUUGAUAAUCAUAUCAGUUCACCCAGUUUUCUUGGGCAUCCAUUACCUCCCUCCCCAGGCCGAUACUCUCCUGUCCCAAAAGGAAUGCUUGGAGAUGACGAUUUAACACGUGAGCCGAGGAAAAUUGUAUUACAUCGAGGGGCCACUGGAUUAGGCUUCAACAUAGUUGGAGGUGAAGAUGGUGAAGGAAUCUUUAUUUCAUUCAUUCUUGCAGGAGGCCCAGCAGAUUUAAGUGGAGAGCUCAGAAAAGGAGAUCGUAUCGUUUCUGUAAAUGGUGUUGAUCUCAGAACAGCCACUCAUGAACAAGCAGCAGCAGCUUUGAAAAAUGCUGGCCAAACUGUGACUAUUCUUGCACAAUACCGUCCUGAAGAAUAUAGUCGUUUUGAGGCUAAAAUUCAUGAUCUAAGGGAACAGAUGAUGAACAGUAGUAUUAGCUCUGGAUCUGGCUCUCUUCGCACAAGCCAGAAACGAUCCUUAUAUGUAAGAGCACUAUUUGAUUAUGACAAGACUAAAGACAGCGGCCUUCCCAGCCAAGGACUUAAUUUCAAGUUUGGUGAUAUUCUGCAUGUAGUAAAUGCUUCUGAUGAUGAAUGGUGGCAGGCACGGCAAGUCACUGCAGAUGGGGAGAGUGAGGAGAUUGGCGUCAUUCCUAGCAAGCGCAGGGUUGAGAAAAAAGAAAGGGCCAGACUAAAGACUGUGAAGUUCAAUUCAAAAGCAAGGGGAGAUAAAGGACAGUCAUUCAAUGACAAGCGUAAAAAGAACCUCUUUUCCCGAAAAUUCCCAUUUUACAAGAACAAGGACCAGAGUGAAAUGGAAACCAGUGAUGUUGAGCAACAUGUAACCUCUAAUGCCAGCGAUAGCGAAAGUAGUUACCUAAUCUUGAUUACGGAUGAGUACGGAUGUUCACAAGGUGGUCAAGAAGAAUAUGUUUUAUCGUAUGAACCAGUCAGUCAACAAGAAGUAAACUAUUCCCGACCAGUCAUUAUUUUAGGGCCAAUGAAGGACAGAAUUAAUGAUGAUUUGAUCUCCGAAUUUCCUGAAAAGUUUGGAUCUUGUGUUCCCCACACAACUCGACCAAAACGAGACUAUGAAGUAGAUCGGAGAGAUUAUCACUUUGUCACUUCCCGGGAGCAGAUGGAAAAGGAUAUUCAAGAUCACAAAUUUAUAGAGGCAGGCCAAUACAAUAAUCACCUUUAUGGCACUAGUGUACAGUCUGUGCGAGAAGUGGCAGAAAGGGGAAAGCACUGCAUACUUGAUGUGUCUGGAAAUGCAAUUAAAAGAUUACAAUUAGCCCAGCUAUACCCAAUUUCUAUUUUCAUCAAACCUAAAUCUGUAGAAAAUAUAAUGGAGAUGAAUAAACGUCUAACAGAGGAUCAAGCCCGGAAAACGUUUGAGAGAGCUUUGAAACUGGAGCAGGAGUUCACAGAGCAUUUUACAGCAAUUGUGCAGGGCGACACUCUGGAGGAAAUUUACAAUCAGGUGAAACAGGUCAUAGAAGAACAGUCUGGCUCCCUCAUCUGGAUUCCUGCAAAAGAAAAGUUAUGAAACAUGAAGAGAACUCUAUUUGGAGCUCCUAUCACUACCCAUUCACAACAUCCUGUACCUUUUCCCAUAGGAGCAGGCCCCGUUUGUAUGGGACUGUUCUUGCCACUUAUUUGCUGCCCUUCCAUCCACCUUUUACAUGGUUAUAUUUUAUUUAAUUUUAAUACUGUCAAAUUUAAUUUCUUAAAAUGUUUUAUUCUGUUUUCAAAGGUGGAAUGGCUGGAGCAGUUAUUGUAAGGUUAGAAAAUAAGUGGCAAAAUUCCUUAAUGUUUAAGGGAAAGUUACAAAUGCAUUUUAAGGAAGAAAAAAAAAAGCUUUAUAGACAAUUUUCAAAAAAGAAAAAA